UCGAGUGUGACGAGCGGCAGAACUGUUUCGUACUGGUGAUUAAUAAUUUUCUGUCACUGUAGUCAUAUAUUCGAACUGUUUUACGGAUAAAUACGAUUGUGAAGUUCUGUUGGUGCGCUCAGCGAUAAAAAUUCAUCUAUAAAAUGCUAAGUAAAAUUGUUAAUAUGACAUACUAUCGAUUCACAGCGUGAUUGGUUAAGCUACAGUUCAAUGCAAGUAUGGCCGCCCUGCCAUCACCCACGCAGGUGGCUGGAAGCCAUACUGUUAUAUAUGAAGCCUAUUAUAAUCAGGUUGAUCCAAAUGGGUAUGGACGAAUCGGUGCGAUGGAAGCUGCAAGAUUUCUUAAGAAAUCCCAGCUGAGUGAUGUAGUCUUAAGUCAAAUAUGGGAUAUGGCAGAUCCACAAUCGCGUGGAUCCUUAGAUAAAUCUGGUCUUUUUGUUGCUUUGAAACUGUGUGCAUUGGCACAAGCAGGAAGAGAUCUUAGUAUGUCAAAUUUAAGUAUGGAAUUGCCUCCUCCAAAGAUGGGUGAUAUCCCUAUAAUAUCUCAGAAGAAUAUAGUUAAUAGUUUACCAGUAAUAACAUCUGUCAAUAAUGGAGAUUGGUCUAUUAAACCUUCAGAAAGGGCAAAAUAUGAUCAACUUUUUGAUAGUUUGCAACCUGCAAAUGGAUACAUACCAGGGAAUAAAGUUAAAGGUGUUCUUAUGGAUAGUAAACUUCCUUUAGAUACCCUUGGAAAGAUUUGGGACCUUGCAGAUAUGGAUAAGGAUGGUAUGCUGGAUAGACAUGAAUUUGUUGUUGCAAUGCAUCUAGUAUAUAAAGCUUUAGAGAAAUAUGCGAUACCAAGUGUACUUCCACCAGAAUUAAUGCCACCUGGUAAAAGAAAAGACAUUACCAUACCAGUAUCAAAAUCUCCAGCACCUAUAGGAAUAACAACAGUUCCACCACCUAUACCACCUUUACCUAACGUGUCCACUGUGAAGAGUAUGGCUGGUAUGGACAUAUCAAAGAUGAACGUGCAGUGGGUAGUUUCUUCCGAAGAACAAAUAGCGGCGGAUAAAUUGUUUUUGCAAGCUGAUCUAGACAUGGAUGGAUAUGUCUCAGGUAUUGAAAUCAAAGAUGUCUUCCUUCAAAGUGGACUUCCACAGAUUGUAUUGGCUGAUAUAUGGGGUCUUUGUGACACAUGUCAAAGUGGAAAGUUAAAUAAAGAACAGUUUGCUUUGGCUAUGUGGCUUAUUAAGCAGAAGCUUAGAGGUGUUGAUCCGCCUGCAAGUUUGACUCCCGACAUGAUACCACCUUCUAUGCGAAAACCAUCUGAUACUGUUGUGGAAAACAACAAUAUAUCUGGUUAUUCAAAUCCAGAAUUAGAUAUGAUAAGUAAAGAUAUAGCGGAGCUUGUGAGAGAAAGGCAGAGUAUGGAACAAGAUAUAGCGCAAAAAGAAGCAGAUAUCAAGAUAAAACGAGGUGAAAUUAAGAGCCUGCAGAGUGAAUUAGAUACACUUGCUGCUACUUUAAAACAACUCGAAAACCAGAAGGGCGAAGCGCAAAAGCGGCUAAAUGACUUGAAGGCUCAGAAGGCUGAAGUAGAUAAAGAUUUGAGUGAGGUCGAGCAGAAGAUUCUUGAGGAACAAAAAAAGAACAAGGUACAAGAUGAAGACAACUUGCAAAAUAAGAAUGUUGAUAAAUUGCGUCAACAAGCAGAGGAGCAAGAAUCAGUGUUGCGCACUCAAGAAGAAGAACUGAAUUUCAAGCGACAAGAACUGGAAGGCUUGCGGCAAGAGGAACAACAGUUAGAACAGCAACAAAACAAAAGCAGGGACCAAUUAAACGAACUCACUAAAAAUUUGCAGGACACUCAGUUGCAAAUUUGCCAAGCAAAAGCAAAAAUCACUCAUUUGCAAGAACAGCAACGUCAGAUGAGUGAUGCAAUUGCACUUUAUGACUCUGCACUCGCUGCAGGGGAUGCCACUCUUGUACCUGAUACUAAUCUGCAAUUUAAUCCCGAAAUUGAAGAUCCAGAGUAUGAAACAACUCCAAACAACGUGGAUAACACAAAAGAACAGAGAGCAGAUUCAUUCUCUAAUGCAAACGGAACAGCAACACUAGACGGAUUUGAGGAAGAUCCUUUUGCUUCAAAUAAAGCUCAAGAAGCAUUUAGUGCAUCAACGCCAGAUCCAUUUGGAAGUGCAUUUCCAUCGCAACCUGCGUCUGGUGGAUUCACAUCAGACCCAUUUAGUGCAUUUAAUAAUAGUAAUGUUACAAAGCAGGAUCCUUUUGAUCCAUUCGGGGAUGGAAAAAAGCCUGAAAUUAAGUCUACAACUGCAACAACAGCAACAAAAGAUCCAUUUGGGGAUGAUCCAUUUGCGAAUCUUCACGCUCCACCUCGUCCAGAAAGUCCUAGUCCAGCCCUUCCUCCUAAAAAAGCAAAGCAACCACCACCACGCCCAGCACCACCGCGACCUUCUCAAGGACCUACUGGUCCUUUAAGAGCAGCACCAGCGCCCCCUACUCCUUCUCCUACUCCAGAUCCUUUUGCAAAUUCUAAUUCCGAUCCUUUUUCUGCUCAACAAGGAAUUAAUGAUAAUAAUAACAGUGGUUUCACUACAUCUACCGGAUUCGCUGAUUUUGCAAAUUUUGACUCCAAGCCGGAACCAACACUGAAUCGAACGACACCACCCAGACCAACGAGCAGAGCACACACGAUAUCGAUGGUAACUCCAAAGCUGCCGGACUUCACGGAAGAUCCCUUUAGGGAUUACCGAUACGCAGAUCCUUUUAACAUAGCUGAUCCCUUCGCCGAUGACGCAGAAGACUUCAACGCGAACAAGAAUAACGAAAUGGGUAAGGUGGAUCCAUUUAGUUAUGGAACGACUUCGACACUUUCUCGCAAGAAUUCUUUCACAAAAGGCUUCGACACUGACUUCUCCAACACUUUUCCUCUUGCUAAGAAUAAAAUUGAAAAGGACAAUGCUAAAUUUGACGCCGACUUCGUGAAAGCGUUCUCAGACGACAACAGAAAUAUAAAGGCUAUCGAGUCUGAUGCUUUUCCUAACACUAAGACAAAGACAGUCGACAUAGAUGAAGCAUUUUCAACGAAAAGUGAAAAGUCUGCUAGGAGGCAGGCGCAUGACUUAUCGCAGAACAAAUCUAAGACCAGUUACAAUGAUAAAAAGUCGAAAACCGAUGUCGGCAAAAGUUGGAACGGCAACAAUGCACCUUUAGCGCUGACCGAAGAGGAACAAGUUGUCUGGGCGUCUCAGCAAAGCUUGAAGUCCGAGGAGGAAAGACGUAGACGCAAACAACAAGAGGAAGUAGAAUUAGCACUUGCGCUUGAACUGAGUAAACAAGAAAAAUCCGGCAAAUUGUAGAGUCCCUGAUCUGUGGAACGCUUUCAUUUUGAUUCGUUCAGUUUGAAUAGCAUAUUUUCGGGCACAACGACUUCACGAAUCUUGAUACGAAAUCAGGACUGGAAGGUACAUGAUAUGUUAACUUCAUACAAUCGUAAUAAUUAACGAGAUUUCGAGAUUCGCACUAAUUAAGGCUAUAAAGAAUAUCUGCGAGAACUGCAAUGACAUAUAAUGCUUACUUUUAAUACUAUUUAGCAUAUCAUAACUGCUGUGAAAUGACUACAGAAACUAUAUAAAUGGAAUUAGCAAAGCAUGCGGAUAUUUAAAUGUCCAUAGAGGCAUAUAUUAUAAUCAUAAAAAAAAUCGACAAAGCAUUUUUCACCAUAAGUAAUCGGUUCUCGAUAUAUGGCCUUUACGUUCUUCACUUCGCGUUCGAUGCAUUCGAUCACAUUCAAGCAACCAAACUGUUAUUGCAUUGAUAUCAUUUGAAUGUAAAAAUUUGUAUUAAAUCGCGCGCCCUUUUCGACACUCUGGUUUACUGCAGAGAUCGAUGAAUUUUUGUAAAAAGUGAAAAGAACAAAAACAUAUUCAUUAUUGCCUUGCAAUAUCGAAUUCUAAAAUAACAACACUUAAUAUACACGUAGCUGGUUGUACACUAUCGCUAAACGUAAAUUAGCAAUGUAUAAAGGCAAAAUGUAAUGGCAGAUUCAUUGGAUUGACAAUAAAACGUUGUGUACACGAGUUCCGUGAGUUCAAAGCAAGGGGAAUAGCAAAUAAAUGGUAAAAAGAUAUCCAUAAAACGGAAAAAAAAACUUAACAAUGUCGUUAUUGCAAAACGCAUAUCGGAUAUACGUCUGGUACAUUCGCAAAUAGCAGCGGAGCAACGUUUCUGUUUGUUGUUUAAUAUGCAUCGUAACGACGCCCCGUAUAUCUUAUUGUCUGAACUCGACAUGUCUUCACCAGUAUUCAUCAUGUUCAUGAAGAUAAAAAAAAAAAGAACCUUCGACUAUUAUAAAUGUUAAUAUGUAGAACUACGUAUUAAAACGUAGGAUAUGAAGUUUACUGAAUUCAUCGUCACGCCCUAGUAUGCUUUUGAUCACAUUGUGUAUAAGAAAAAUUUCAAUUACAUAAGUUUUUCUCACGAGAUGCGAAACGUGCGUUCUCUUAAAGAUAUUAUACGGAAAGUAGAAAAAAAAAUGUUUAUUUUUUAUUAAAUCAGGACUUAAUAAGAAGACGAAUGAAAAGAAGAAAAAAAAAGAGGCACGAGUAAUGAACGACCGUAUCGAUACAUUAACAGUAAGCAAACCGUUCCAAAUAAUGUUUGUGUGAAUGUCGUAUAAUUCAGCCUUCGGUCUCAGUACGUCCCAAAGAAUAAGGUGUUCAAAAUAAAGCGUAGCUCCGUGUUUGUCCUAAGAUCUUGCGUCACAUGGAAUCUUUGAAAUCAAACACAAAGGGCCGCGUCUAUUUUUAAUUUACCAUUAUAUCUUGUAACAUCACAACGACAAUGUAUUACGCAUGUUGUAUAUAUUACUAUCUGUAUUAUUUUAUCGUGAUUAUUAUAAUUGUGUUAUUAUUGUUAUAUCUCGAUUAAUAUUAAUAAUAUUAUUGAUAAUUUACCGUCUAUGUAAGCACACAUGCUGUCAAUAUCAUUUACCAGUGGAUAAAAAUAAGCGUACCGUAGAAUCGUAUUAUGUAUGUUUUAAUGUUUAUUUUCUCUUUUUUUUUUUUUUUGCAAAUACGGUUUUAUUAUUAAUUUUGACUGUAUUCGAGUACUGCGUGUGUGCAUUCUAAUCGCAGAUAUACAAACGCAUGCGCGGAUAUAAAAUAUGUGUGCCAGAUAAUGAUGAUGAGAAUAAAUGAAACGACGGUGUCAUGCUUAUUUCGAAUAUUUUAAGAAGGCCUUUUUUUCGUCUAAAAAGUCGAAAUUUGUUUUUCCAAUUAAAUGUGAAACUUCUAUUAUUUGGCAGUGUUCUAUUUAUUUUUAAAAGUAGAAUAUUUCAUAAAAUAAUCAAACUUUAAUGGAGAACAUAUUUCAACGUUCCGAAUUUCUUGAAUUUAUAGGACAAAUAGCUCUAUAUGCAAUUUAUUAUUGUACCUAUAAAACCGAUUUGGAAAUUAAUAGUAUAGAUUCCGCAGAUAAUAUUCAUUUGACAGUUAUGAUUGGAAGCUCGAAGAAAAUUUGAAUUAUUUGUAUUUCAAUUAUAAUGAUACAUCCGCGUUUGGUAAAUUUUUGUAUGCAAUGUAUUUACGGCGUUAAUGUGCAGGAACCGAUAAUAUUAUAAUCGCGAGAAAGCAUGUAAGUACACAAAGGAAACCGAAGUAUAUACGCAAAUACCGAUUAGCAUGUUUAGAAAGCGUUACAAGAUACGAUUGCGUCAUGUUUAGACUUUGUAUAAGUAGAAAAUGCUGUACUCUUUUUUUUUUUAUUUUUUUUUCUUUCUUUGUUCUGUUAAUACUUAAAGGACGACGAGUGUACAUGAAUUCUUUCAUUUUAUAAUAAUCAAUAGUUUAUUCUAGCGACUAAAGAUGUUUGUGAAUUAGUGAUAGUUUGUAUUCAAAAAUUUGGAGAAGAUACAGAAUUUGUGUUACUUUGACAUCUUGAACUUUCUAAAUAUAAUCUGACUUUUAUGAAUAUGAUUUUACCGUACUAAUAUUAAAAUUUACUUGUAUUCGGGUUUAUUUUUAAAUUAUUAAUAAAAGCGAGGGGGGAAAAAAAUCUCGUCCGUUAAGUUUUAACAACGCGUAGUGAAAUUUGUAUUGGAUAAUCCAAGUGCGGUGAUACUGAUAUCAUUAUUGAUAAUAGGAACUUUGAUAACACCAUUGUUACCAAUGUACAGGUGUGUAAAAUGGACAAAAAAUGUUUCACUCAGGAGUUUUCUUUCCUACGCACUAUUCGAUGUUUUUAUUCAUUCGAGACAGUAGUUUGUCCCUUAUAGAAAGCUGUAAAAAGGUAAAUGGCCAAUAUAAAUUUAUUUAUCGAUAACCUUGCGCUCGUUUACAUUGUUUCAAUAUU